AUGCCUCCACGCCAUCAACAUAUAGUGGGGAUACACUACGCUCUGGGUCCCAAGAUUGGUGAAGGUUCCUUCGGUGUCAUAUUCGAAGGGGAGAAUCUAUUAAACAAGGACGCCAGAGAACCUGUUGCGAUUAAAUUUGAACCAAGAAACUCGGAUACUCCUCAAUUGAGAGACGAGUUCAGGGCAUACAGGAUACUGAACGACUGUCGUGGGAUACCGCAUGCGUAUUACUAUGGACAAGAAGGGAUGCAUAAUGUUUUGGUCAUCGACCUUUUGGGUCCCUCCUUAGAGGACCUCUUUGAAUGGUGUGGCCGUAAAUUCAGCGUGAAGACUACUUGUCUAUUGGCUAGACAAAUGAUUCAACGAGUGAGAACCAUCCAUGAACAUGAUUUGAUAUAUAGAGACAUCAAACCUGAUAAUUUCCUAGUGUCUGAAUUCCAAUUGAACCAUUCUUCCUCUACCUCAACGUCGUCGUCGUCUUCAUCUUCGUCGUCUUCACGUGCCCAGCGUUACGUCACACAGAGUGCUGAGGGAGAUCCAAACUUAAUAUAUAUGGUGGAUUUUGGGAUGGCGAAACAAUACCGAGACCCUAGAACUAAGCAACAUAUUCCAUAUCGAGAAAGAAAAUCAUUAAGUGGAACCGCUAGAUAUAUGUCAAUAAAUACACAUUUUGGUAGGGAGCAAUCGCGAAGAGAUGAUUUAGAGUCCCUAGGUCAUGUAUUUUUUUAUUUCUUAAGAGGUUCAUUACCAUGGCAGGGUUUAAAAGCACCAAACAAUAAAUUAAAAUAUGAAAAGAUUGGGUUAACAAAACAGAAAUUGGAUCCUAACGAUCUAUUGAUGAAUGGUGCUAUACCUGAACAAUUUGCUACAUAUUUAAAACAUGUAAGAUCAUUAAAGUUCGAAGAAGAACCAGAUUAUGAUUAUUUAAUAGGACUUAUUGACGAUGUAUUAACACAAUGGCAUUUGGAAGAUGAUAACCAUUAUGAUUGGAUGGAUCUAAACCAUGGUGAAGGUUGGAACAUUACGGUGAAUAAAAGAGCUAACUUACACGGAUAUGGUAAUGCUACGCCGCGAAACAAUAAUAACAAUCACAACAAUAAUAAUAACAACAACAACAACAAUAAUAAUACUCAUCAAGAGACAUCACAGCAUAAUGACACUACUAAAUUGAAUAGGAUAUCACAGACAAGCCGUUCAAAGAACAAUCAUAAUUCAAAUAGAAGAGCCGAAACACCAACAACAAGUAGACCUAUACGCCAUACAAACUAUGAUUCGAUGGGGACACAUUAUCACAAUGGGAAUCAAUCAAAUAGAUUGGAGAAUCAUCGUGACAAUUAUUAUCAUGAACAGCAACAGCGAGAAUGCAGUCCCGAUGAUAGCAUGUCAAUAGAUAAUCGUGAUGGAAACAUACUGACACGGUUGAUUACUGGAUUGUGUUGUUGUUGUUGUCGUUAG